AUGACGGAUGGCGCGCUAGAACCAAGGCGAGAGCUCAAAUCCGCACCGACACAUUCGUUCGGCGGCUGGACAUUCCCACGGGGCGCGGGUUGGUCACCUGAAGGGAACGCACCUGGGUAUGGAAGGGGCGUAUUAAGACAAAUGGAAAGACUAUCAGAGCUUAGACAGCGACUGGCAAACAAACCCACCGAGAGUACAUUGAUAGCCGAACAAAUCCUGCAGGAGGCUCUGCAUAGGCUUAAAAGUGUGGAUGAAGAGCGACAAAUCGGCUUCGACCCAACAGAGCAUGAAAACUUCCAUGAGCUCGGCGAGCAUUGGCCAUUUAUGGGGAUACUUAAUUCGGAAUGGUAUUUGGAUCGGUAUCGGCCUAUUCGAGGUUUUCAUGCACUAAUGGGGUACUGCUAUGGUUUCUUCAUGAUGGUCAUGCGUCGUAUCCCUUCUCGAAUGGCUCCCCAAAGGCUCAUUCAUUGGGUCUAUUAUGACACCAACAACUUUCUAGAUCUUAUCACAUUAUUCUCUACCGCCUUCGUCAUGAUUGGUGUCUUAGCCCUUGUAGAGGUUGGGUACGUAUACGGGCAUUAUACAAUUAUCGCGGAGGGGCCACCGGGACAUAAGAAGAUAGUAUUUCAGCAUAAAGCACUCUCCCCUAACGCAAGGGAAGAAAUAUUGUCCAAGCCGAAGUUGUUUCUGGGAUAUUAUGGGGCUUUAGCGAUAUCGAGUGUUGGAAUGUGUAUGCACUUCAUUCAAUUCAUGGUGUACAUGAACGGCCGGUCAUCGGCUGCUACGCCUACGAAGGGUCCGCCAGUGGGCUGUGACUCUCUUUCGUGUCUGAUCUUUUCUUUCAUGUAUGUCGGGGUUUUUGUGUCGACGGUUGUUCUGAUGGAGAGGUUUAUGUCGGAGACGGCGAGGAAAGGGGUUGUUAUGGGGUAUGCUGGAGAGUACAUCGGGGGAUGA